UGUGUCAUGUGAUCGGGUCAAAAUGGUGGAUUGAAGUCUGUGUUUUUAACGCUCUCAGAAAUUCAGCAUUUUUCUGUAAUUCCACAGAAUGCAAAGCCUUUAAGUCGCCAUCUGAUGUGUUCAAAAUGAUGGGAAUGUACUUUGAGUUUAAGGACAGUUUACACAACUUCCUUAUAUAUGGAUGGAACACAUCUACCCUAAGUAGUUUUGUAGGCACCAUCUUCAUUUUCUUCUUUGCUGCCAUGAUGUUGGAGGGAAUUAUGGGAAUGUUGGCUAGUCUUAGAGAUAGGAGUAAGGUGUUACCAGCAUCUGUCAAAGAAAGGUUGCUUGAACCCAUCAGUGAAAAUUCUCCUCUCAUUGGCAAAAGCAAGUCCUUAACUGAAUCUGGGGAAAAACUUAUUAAACAGAAAAAGAUAAAGUAUCAUAUUGGGAUGUCCUUGCUGCAUGUGGCCAAAGUGGUGGUAGCCUAUGUGGUCAUGCUGGCGGUCAUGUCUUAUAAUGCAUGGGUGUUUGUUACUGUGGUCAUAGGCAGUGCUUUGGGAUACUUGAUUUUUGGAGCCAUUCAGCAUAAGAUCACCACUGCUGAUACGCCUGACACUCACGUAAUAAAUAACCAGGAUGACAUGCUAGGCACGCACUCACAGACUAGCUAUGAGCCUAUUGGUUAACUCUAACAACAUCAAGAACGAAUAAAAAACUGAAGAUGACUGUGAUUAUUUCUGGGACGUGAAAAUUGCUUGAGGACAAGACGGACAUUUUAGUUGUUCAUGGGGGAUUGUGAGGAUAUUUUAAUUAUGUUUGGAUGGCAAUCAUGCUCCGUAAUAUUUAUUAUAAAGAACAUAAACACAUACAAUUAUAUGCAUGCCCACACCAACUUGACAUUUAGUGCUAUUGCAAGGUCACAAGCAGUAAAAAAUAGUGACUUAGAUAUGAAAUAAAUAAAGAGGGAAAGAGAAUAGAAUAGAAGCAAGAGUAGACAUCAGCAAAAUAUUGUAAAUAUUUUUAUACAGUGCAAUAAUGGUUUUUUUUACUCUGGGUAAAUAUGCAGGGUUGUUUGUGAAGAAUGUGACAAA